UUUUUGCAGAUGCAAGCUAAAAUGGCUUAUGACAAUUAUUUGUAGAUUAGUUUAGUUUGAUUUAUUAAUUUUAUUAUUUAUUUUAUUUAAUUAAUUUACGUUAAUCACCGAAAAUCCAACCGUCCAGUACAAUUGGCUGUUAUUUAAUAAUCAUCACUUAAAGAUAAAGUCAAUUUUUCACAUACCAUAAGUUCUAAGUCAUAAUUUCGCAUCUCAAUUCAAGAUCUCUAAGAUCAACUAUUCAAAUUCAAACCACCGAUGAGCCUGAUCUUUUACAACGUUAAUGGAUCAUCUUUAAUGAAGUCAUAAUUACCAUAGGACAAUAAGCUUUUCGCUGUGAUACUUUAUUCUAAGUUUUUUUGACUCAUCCAUUGUUAGAAAAGACUUCAUCAUGUUUAAGGCUUACAGAUGUAUAGUGAUAAAUAUAUUUUUGCUCCAACUAUUUUUUUAUGUCUCCUGUUAUAAGAGAGAUUUAUCACUUGAAGCGGAACAAAAACAGUUGGACGACGCAAUAAAUAAGACUGGUCUUGGGUUCGAGUAUUUAAAUUAUGAAAACUUAACAAAAUUCGUUCAUCUCUUGGAAUUACGUUUUCCCGGUUUGGUUAAAGUUUAUAGUGUUGGUACCAGUUUGGAGAAACGUGAACUAUGGGCUAUGAAAAUAACAAAUACCCACAAAAGACCUCUUGGUAAACCAAUGUUCAAAUAUGUUGCUAACAUGCAUGGCGAUGAGACUGUUGGAAGGCAAAUGCUGAUUCGAUUAGCUUGGCAUUUAGUGUCCAAUUACGACAAGAAUACAAGGAUAACUCACAUUGUUGAUACGAUCGAAACUCAUCUUUUAUUCUCAAUGAAUCCUGAUGGUUUUGAAAGAGCCAAGCUUGGUGACUGUGAUGGCAUUAGUAAGAAUAGUGGACGGGAAAAUUCUAACGGUGUUGAUCUCAAUCGUGACUUUCCAGAUCAAUUCAGCGACCCACCUAAAGGAUCCGUCUCGGUUGACGAAGUAGCUAGAGGAAGGCAACCUGAAACUGUAGCUGUAAUGGCUUGGAUUGUCAGUAAUCCAUUUGUACUUUCUGCAAAUCUUCAUGGAGGUUCAGUGGUUGCAAGUUAUCCUUUUGACUCUUCACCAAGUCACAAAGAAACUGGUGAAAUAAGUCUAUCUCCUGAUAAUAAUGUUUUCACCCACCUCGCUUCUCUUUAUGCGUCUCAUCAUGAAACCAUGAAAACUGGCCAAGUUUGUAAAGAUGAUGACUUUAUUAACGGAACAACUAAUGGUGCUUUUUGGUUUGAUGUUCCAGGUAACCUUUACAGGUGGUAUUACGUUUGGAGUAAUUGUUACGAGAUAACAUUAGAACUAUCUUGUUGUAAAUAUCCACCAGCCUCACAAUUACCUAGUGAAUGGAACUUAAAUCAAGAAUCAUUGUUGACAUUUAUGGAGCAGACUCAUAUGGGAAUCAAAGGUUUGAUCAAAAAUGCAGUAACAAAUAAACCUGUUGAACGAGCCUUCGUUAAGAUUCAAGGAAUUGACCAUAAUGUAACCACAAAUGCAAGAGGAGAGUUCUGGAGAUUAGCUGUUGAUGGAAUUUAUAAUAUCACUGUUGAAGCUUAUGGUUAUCAACCUAAAACUCUAACUGGAAUUGAAAUUAGAAAUGAUCAAAAUUUGGUAAAUAACUCCGCCAAAUGGAUAAAAGUUGAAUUGGAACCUACAUCUAAUAACGCCGAUGUCUCAGCAAACAGUGUUGUUGAAAGUGACAUAGUUGACAUUGAUUCGAGACGUCCAUCAAAACCAAUCAAUUCUACAUUUCCUGAAGAUUUUGUUACACCUUAUAGAUUUGUUCAUCACAAUUACACUGAAAUGACAAAGUUUCUACACCAUUUUGCCUACAAAUAUCCAACUUUAACACGUCUUUACAGUAUUGGUAAAAGUGUUGAAGGAAGAGAACUUUGGGUUCUUGAAAUCACCGACAAUCCUGGAGUUCAUGAACCAGGUGAACCUGAAUUUAAAUACAUUGCUAAUAUUCAUGGUAAUGAAGUUGUUGGAAAAGAACUCAUGCUUCCAUUGAUACAAAAGCUACUAGAAAACUAUGAAAAAGAUCCUAAAAUCAAAAAUCUUGUUGACAAUAUACGUAUACACAUUUUACCAUCUCUCAAUCCUGAUGGUUACGAAAGAUCGAUUGAAGGGGAUUGUGAAUCUUUACAAGGACGUGAAAAUGCCAACCAACAGGAUUUGAAUAGAAAUUUUCCUGAUCAGUUCAAGCCUUUUGUGAAAGUGCAUUAUCAACCAGAAACUGAAGCUGUUAUGCAUUGGAUCCAGAGUUAUCCUUUUGUUUUAUCAGCCAGCUUACACGGUGGCUCAUUAGUAGCUAAUUAUCCAUAUGACGGCAACCUUGAAGAAAAAGAUCAUGUUUACAGUAAAAGUCCUGAUGAUGAUGUUUUUAAACACCUUGCAUUGCUUUAUUCUUAUAAACACAAAACCAUGUCUGAUGGCCACCCUUGCAAAGGACAAUGUGGUCCUGCGCUUGAAUUUUUCGAGAAUGGUGUCACUAACGGAGCUAGUUGGUACAUUUUGUAUGGAGGUAUGCAAGACUUCAACUAUAUCACCACCAAUUGUUUUGAGAUUACAUUAGAAUUAGGCUGUCAGAAAUUUCCUUAUGCCUCUGAUCUUCCUCGCUAUUGGGACGAUAAUCGAGUUGCUUUGAUCGCCUUUAUGGAAGAAGUACUUAGAGGAAUAAAAGGUUUCGUUAUUGACUCAGAUAGUGCAAAACCAAUUCCAAAAGCUACAAUUCAUAUUGAGGGCAUUAACCAUGAUGUAAAAUCAGCAGAAGAUGGUGAUUAUUGGAGGUUACUAACACCAGGACAUUAUACUAUUACAGUAUCUGCUGAUGGGUAUGAAAGUAAAAGUGUUUCAGUCGAUGUCAGUGAAGGAUGGGCUUCAGUAGUCAAUGUAACUCUAACAAAACCAAAUCAUAAAGUCAAGGGAAAGCCAUUACCGAUCAAUUUAAGUAAAGAAGUUUUCGGCAAAACAGUGGACACAAGUGGCAAUCCAAUAUCAGGAGCUCUAAUAAAAGUCUUAAAUGAUGAAUCCAAAGUUGUUAUGAGCAAUGAUGAUGGCAAAUUUAAAAUUCCAUAUUCAGAAGGAAGUUAUACUUUUUUAGUCGAAGCACCAGGAUAUUUUAACACAACGAAAUUGGUUGUUUUCAGGAAUGGACAAAACAGUGAAGUGAUUAUCGACUUAAUAAGAGACAAUCGAAUAUUUGGUUUUCCUCGAUCUGUUUUCGUUAUAGUUUGUGGAUCGUUUAUUUUGUCAUUAUUGAUUACAAUCAUGUGUGCCUAUAACUUUGCCUUAUCAAAAAAGUAUGAUAAAUAUAAGUUCCAAAGGCUAGGAGAAUCUACCAGCCUCUUUGAUGACGAUGAUAGUGGAUUCAAAAACGGUGCAGAUGCAAGGGAAUUCAUUGACGCAACCAGUGAAACUGAUUCUGAAGACGAACUUUAUAAUGUUCAUCUAUGGAAAGAAAAAGAUCGUGCUUCUUAAAUGGACUGCGAAACUAAAAUAGCAAUAACUAUUGAAAAACAUAUUUAAAUAUUGUUGAAUACUUUUAAAGCAAAAAAACGGUUUAUUAAGCUGUGAUAAAGAUAAUUUGUAAUGAUUUGAUUACAAAAUCAGCAGUUACACCAGUUUACAACCGGCGUAUCCUCUGAAUUUUCAUCUUUAAUAAAAUACGAAAAGAGUUUA